AUGGCUGCCGGAGACUCGACGACCGAAGCACCGCCAACAUAUAUCAACCGCUAUCCCCUCACCCGGCCACCCUUGUCGCCAUCCGGCCCCCUACUUGAAACGAUCGAGAGGUGGUACUAUGUCGAUCAGUUCAACUUGCAGGCAGGGUACGAAGACCUGCUCUACAUCGAAUAUGUCUUGAACUGGCUCGCCUUCCACGACCAGAGAAAUGAUUUCUCGGAGUAUGAAGGCAACCCCGACGGAGACCUGCUUACCUGUCUCGCGGAGCUUUACAUGGCCGAAUGGUCUUUUCGUACCCUACUUGAGCAGACCAUACAACCGUGGGAUCUCGAGGUCAUCUUUGACCUGGUAGAGACUGCUCGGUCCAUGGAGACACAACCAUAUUUCAAGGGAAAUCUUCCAUCUGGAGACCAUGUUCACAAAUCGUGA